AUGAAGAAUCAACUUGAGUAUAGUUCUCAACCGGCAUUCAACCCUUCAGCAUAUCAACCCGAUGUUCCACCACCUUAUUCGGAUUUGAAUCAGCAGAUGCCUCAAUCACUUCAGCAGCAGAUGCCUCAACCAAUUCAGCAGGUGCCUCAACCAAUUCAGCAGGUGCCUCAACCAAUUCAGCAGAUGCCUCAACCACUUCAGCAGGUGCCUCAACCAAUUCAGCAGAUGUCUCAACCACUUCAGCAGAUGCCUCAAACUUUUCAGCAGAUGCCUCAACCAAUUCAGCAGGUGUCUCAAACUUUUCAGCAGAUGCCUCAACCUUGUGUCAAUAUCACGAUGAAUAAUCAAUCCCAGCAAGUUCAGCAUGUUUUAGCUCCAUCUUACUCCUACUUAGGUAAAAGUUCAGCUCGUAUGACGUGUCCGCAUUGUCACGCUGAAAUAAUGACGAAAGUGUCAACUCGGUGUACAAAGAAGCAGCACGCGAUAGCUCUGCUCCUGUUUGUGAGCGGAUUUUUCACAGCUGGCUUUUGUAUGCUUUACUCCUGCCUGCCAUACUGCUAUGGUGAUUGCGGGUACAGACAUUCGUGUCCGAGAUGUCGCAUGCAUAUUGGAUCAUACUACCCAUGA